AUGUCUGAAACUAUACUAUCUUCAUCCCCAGGAGUUGGGCCUAGACAUUUCCUGUCUUCAGAAUCCUUGGAUUCGUUUGCUAAGUUAAAAAAAUCUAUCCAAUUCGCCCUUCAGGAAACCGAAGAUCCAACAGAAGGGAUCGAAAAUCAAAUGAAACCCAUGCAUCAUCUAGCUCGUAACUAUGCUGAUGUCGUUGCCUCUCAGAUAGCUGCUGAUAUUAUAGAUGGCACGAAAGAUAUUGCAGGACUCAAUUUUGAAUUGCAUCCUGAUUUCCCAGAUCUUAUUAAAGAUAUGUUUAAACUUCCUGGAAUCAAGAGAGCACUUGCAACCGCUCACCCUUAUUAUUGGGCUCUCCUUAAGUAUCCAAAGGAAGAUUUAGCAUUCUAUAAUCGAGUUAUCGAAGUCAAGAGCGACGGUAUCGUGGUUAAGAGAAGCCAAUAUUUGAUAGAGAAUUGGGACCAAAAAAUUCAUGAUGAUUAUUUGUCUCAACAAGCAAUAAAAGAUUCACAACCGAUCUUAGCAAAUAAAAAGAUAAAGCAACCAAAAAGGAUAAAGAAAUCGGCAACUCCGAUGGAGGUACGUCCAAUUUCUGUUCAAUUGCUGGACGAGAAUAUUAAUGGUGCUGAUCGUUUGUACAAAUUUUUCUUCCAUGAUUUUGGUGUUGCCAACCUAUCUGCUGAUACCUGGGUAAAGGAAAUGACAGGCAAUGACGUAGUUGGUUUUGUUAAGUCGAUCAAUCUACAUUAUUCGUGGAACAGAGACGUUAGGUCUGAUAUCCUUCAUCUAAGGUGUAAUAGAGGUAAACAAUGGUAUACACCUAUCAAUAGAACCUGCAAAAUUAACUGUCCUGCUAUGGUGACAAUACGUUCAAGGCCAUUUCGGAAAAAGAAAGAAGCUUUCAAGGAAGGCAACUUUAUUGUGGAAUAUAAAUGGAAACAUUUACAUUCUUUCUUGGAUGCCGAUCACACCAAAAGCCCAAAGAUUAGAUGUGACGUGAGGGAGAACUUGUUAAAAUGUUCGGACCUUGAACUCCCCUGGUCGUCAGUGGAAGCUAAGUUAAAGAAGUUGCAGUUUGGCGUUUCGGUUAGCCAGCUUACUGGUGGUACAUAUAUAAAUAGUCAAACGUCAAAAGAUGUUUUAUCUAUGAGCCCGCUUAUAACUCCCCAAUUCGAAGAUAUUGACGCUUUAAUAAACUCUGACACUCAAGAGCAAUUGAUUACAGAGCCAGUCGAACAAGAGGAAGAUACAAAUAUUAUUGCCGAAAUUGUUACUUUGAAAAAUGAUAUCAGGACUAUGCUUGAAAGGCAGAAGGAAGUUCUUAAAGAGGCGCUAAAGAAAAUCGAGAAGAAUAUUCAAGAUUUAGAAAAAAUCCCUAUAGUUUCUGAAAAACAGGUUGCUGAAAAUUUAAGAAUAAGGUUGAGAAAGGAAUCGGAUUAUUUCUAUGGUAUCAGAAGAGCCUGUCUUGGUCAAGGGAAUGAGACUACGCAACUAAAAAUUAAGCGGUCAAAAUCUUCUUCGAAGUCGACACCAUCCGGAUAA